AUGUGCAAAUAAAUCCAUGUGCACAUACACCAAACCAAGGGCUUCCUCCCUCUUCAUCCUGCAACAUUGUUUUACAGUAGUUCUAUACCAAUCCAGACACUCUCCACCCUAUUGAUCAUUUGAUUAAUUAUUUAACUUGUAAAAAGCUACCUCACCAGACUGUGGUCGUCAUCAUUUAGCUGGUUUCCAGGCUGUCUGUGUGAAUUAAUUCAAGGGCAGUAUUCCCAUACAGUCUCUAUUUAGUGUUCUGGUCCCUAGCUAAUAGAUGGUGUCCACUCAGUCAGGGAGGGGACAACCAUUCAGAGUUAUAUAAGAAAAGUCUGGAUAUGAAUGCUGAUUUAGGCCUUCACGUAUCCAUUCAAGCAUUCAAGCCUGUUGAAAACCUCCCCUCCUCUUCCUCCUCCACAUAGCCCCUUAUGCAACAGUGUUUUGUCUAAGCCUCUGUGAAGCACAUGCUCCAGAAGUAGAGGUGUCCUGCUCUGGCUGUACUGUACUAUCGUCUCACGUGUCUCUGCUCCAUCUCUCUCAUCUUUCACUAUGUCUGUCCAGCUAGUUGUAUCUCUCCUAGCUCUAGCUUCUCUGAAUGCUGCAUCUACACCGCUCUGUAAAGAACUGGUCAAACCCCUGGUACUGGAGGACCAUACUGAGAUCUAUGGCAAAUGGGUGUAUGUGAUGGGGUCUGCGGAUCAUUCAGUCUUCCAAAAAGCUUUGGGGACUCUGAAAAGCUCCUGGAUUGACCUGUCGGCUACAUCUGACCAUCAAGUAGUCACACUACGUUGGGGAGACCGCAUUGAUGGCAAAUGCGUUGUCGGUGCAACAAAUGCUACCAUCUCCGGCACCACCUCCACAGUUCACAUUCAUUUGUCUGAACACAAAGGUCAGUACCUGGAGACCUGCCCUGACUGCCUGCUAUGGUCAGACACCUCUCGUAAUGGAGACAUCACUGGCAGAUACCUACUCCUGUUUACAAGGUCAGGGAAAAUGGAUCCCACAUACCUGGACACCUAUAAGAACCAGGCAGAGUGCCUGAACUUCCCAGAGACACACCACACCUAUGAUGGAGAAACAGAGCUGUGCCCCGAUGACAACCAGAAGGAGAAGGUGGUGGAUGAGGAUACUAUGGAAGAGAAGCCGACUACAGAGGAAGAGAAGACUACUGAGAAGAACCCGACUACAGAGGAAGAGAAGACUACUGAGAAGAACCUGACUACAGAGGAAGAGAAGACUACUGAGAAGAACCCUAUGGAUUGACUAUGGAUUGAGCAAAACAACCAGUUCCUCACUAUUGUGCCCAACAUCUCUUUAGUGGAACUUUGAUCCCAGAACUAUCUAACCAAAUAUGACAUGUACUUUCAUACGUCUUUAAAUCAUGUAUUACAUACACAAGGAGAGUGAUAUGACCAUGUAAUGAUAAAAAAUGCUAACGUUUUUACAGUGAA